UAAACAUAUUGUAAGCAACGACGUGGUAGUUCAAUUAGAUUUUGGAAAUAAAUAUGAUCAAAUUCGGGUUAUUAUUGUGUUUACUAUUAGUUUUAAGUAGUUGCCUGAAACAAACUCAUGCCGAAUUCACGGCAGCGCAAUGCCGGGAGCUUGGCUUCAUUAAGACCCAGCUGCUGUGCUCCAACUGCGACAAACUAGAUGAUUUUGGCCUGGAAGCCAUCAAACCGCAUUGCAAACAGUGCUGCACCCAGGACCAGCAGCCGGCGGCGCAGCGCACCUACGCCAAAGCAAUUCUGGAGGUGUGCACCUGCAAGUUCCGAGCCUAUCCGCAAAUACAGGCCUUCAUACAGAGCGGCAGACCAGCGAAGUUCCCCAAUCUGCAAAUUAAAUAUGUGCGUGGCCUGGAUCCGCUAGUCAAGCUGCUGGACGCCAGUGGCAAGGUGCAGGAAACGCUGUCGAUAACCAAAUGGAAUACGGACACCGUUGAGGAGUUCUUCGAGACGCAUCUGUCCAAGGAGGGUGGCGGCAAGAGCUCCUAUAGCGUCGUGGAGGAUGCCGACGACGAGGACGAGGAUUACCUGCGCACCAAUAGAGUAUGAAAUGGCAAUUAUGCCUCCAGCAAAUAGUAAAUGUAAUAAAAGAUAGCCUAUUGUGUAGGAAAA